AUGAAAAAAAUUUCUUCUUCUCCUAUUGGUUUUGGUCUUUCUGAGGGACCUGUGUGGGUUGAUGGCACUGCCCCACAGAGACCCACAGGAUCCACAAAUCCUUCUCCUGGGAUGAUGUCAGAGAAAAGGAAAGCCUUCUCUGUUUUGAGAGGUCUGAGCUCUGAUGGAGUCUCUCUGUUCCAUCCCUGGGAAGAACAAGUAGAUAGGAGUGUGGGGUUGGUGGUUGAGCAGGGAAUGACAGAGGAAAGUGGUGGUGGGAAGUUGGAAAUGGCAUCAUGUUCCACUCUUAAACAGAGUCCAUUGCCUAUGAAAGAAACACCCUUAAACUAUCAUCCAUAUCCACCUCCUCUGGCCAGAUAUGAGGAUGUUGUAGCCUGUCCAAGACUCUUCAUGGAUACUUUGGAGAAGCUCCAUGCUACAAUGAGAACCAAGUUCAUCUUGAAUUCUAGCAUGUCUUCUCCAUCUUCCCCCAUCAAGUUGUUUGAGUUUGGGGUGGCAGGAGUGGGAGUAGAGGAGGUGCUGCCUACUGGACAAGGGACACUUCCUUGCUCUGAUUGUUCUAAGCUUUGUAUUUUUGCCUCCAUGACAUUGGAUUAA